UUUGGGCUCCCUGUGGUUGAUGCCCUGGGGGAAAUUUAAAAACACAGUUCCAAAACACUGCUGCAUAUUUGUUACUUUUACAUACUCCAAAGUUUCAAAGAUGAGUUUUAAAGGACGAAAGCUCGAGGAAUUGCCAUCUCCUUCGUUUAUAGUUGAUGUCAAUAAAGUGAAGAGAAACUGUGAGCGUAUGAAACAACGAUGUGACUCCCUUGGUGUAAAGUUGAGGCCUCAUAUGAAAACACACAAAACGCUGUAAGUUUUGGAUAUUUGCAAUAUAUUAGUUUUUUGUUUGUUUUUUUAAGCCACCUUUUUUUUUUAAUGAAUUUUUCCCUAUGUACAAUUUUUUUUAUAUAAAAAUAGAUUUCUAAUAAUAAUGUUGGGCUAUUACCUAUAGAUAGCUAGUUACACUAAUCAUGCAGUGAUGGUGGUCAACCGUGUUUGUCUGAGUGAGAAAGUUAUGUUAAUUAUUUCCCCUAUAUAUGUAUAUGGAGCAUAUUGUUGGGGGGGGGGGCUAACUAAGUUUAUAGAUAGUAUUGUAAAUAUGUGCCAAACUCACUUCGGUAUAAUUGUUUUUGUUUGUGGAAACACCACGUAAAUUUAUUACUGCAGUAAUAAAUUUACGUGGUGUUUCCACAAACAAAAACAAUUAUAUUUUAUCGCCAUGCAAACAUUCAAAGAAUUUAUCACUUCGGUAUAUUGCACUUAGAAUGCACCCUGGGUUAACCGAGGGUGUCUGUGGGUAUGCUCGUCAAAAAUACAGCAAUUUUUUUGUUGCCUGAGAAAAUUUUUUAUUAAAGUUGUAUUCAUUAUAUUCACCUGAGUACAUAACAUCAAAACACACACAAACAUCAUGAUCAUAGACCACAUUGGUAUCGAAGGUACUAGACUUAGUUCCGAAAUACCACACAUUCAAACAGACUUGGCUUCGUAGCUCAGUUGGCAGAGCAUUGCCAUUGGACUAGUAUCCCAGGGGUCGCGGGUUCGAUUCCCACCAUGGUCAGACUAAAUGUUCAGCCUGCCCGGUGUGGAUAUACACUCAGAGUAACGUCAAAAACAACACAAAAAUUGUAAAGUUUUUGCAUUUAAAAGUUCAAGAUUUUGUAAUGAACUUUAUAACUUUUUACAACCCCAUGCCCCAGUUUUCAAGCAACUUGGGUGGGGGUAUGGGCAUGCUUCCAAUGGCCCUGUCUAGUGCAUGUUUGAGAUGUAGUUUAGUUUUUUGCUCCUGUAAUGUCAACAUUUCUGACGUUGACCAGCGGCCCUGAGUAUUGUUUACUGAUACUCGCCAAUAUUUUUUUUACUAUUUUUGUUUCAGGGAGGCAGGUUUAUUGAUGACAAGCAACACUCGCCGUCAAGUUGUUGUAUCAACUCUGGCUGAGGCUCAGUUUUAUUUUGAAAAUGGUUUCGAUGAUAUCACCUAUGCUUAUCCAUUAAGCUUUGAAAAGCUCCCAAGAUGUGCAGAAUUUUUAAGUAAACUAGAGCUGUUUCACAUUGCUGUUGAUAACAUGGAAAUAAUUGAUGCUCUCGGGAAGUAUGUUUUGCCUGAAUCAUGCAAGAAAUGGUCUGUUUUACUCAUGGUUGAUUGUGGAUAUGGAAGAGGUAAUUACAGUAGUCCCAUGACAAAAUUGUAUGGUCUUAGGGACCGGUCAUUAUUUAUGGAAGGGUGGAGGGCAAAAGGGGGGGGGGCAUAUGUAUAAAGAAAGUGACUGGGGGGGGCUAUAAAAUUUUUUCAAGAAAAUAAGGGGGGGUUGGAAUUAAAUUUUAAGGAAUCUGCUUAAUUAGCCUGGUAUCCAUUUGGUUGCAAAUGUUGCAACUAAAUUAUAAUUUUCUUCUAAUAUAUAUUUUUGGUCGACAUUAAAAACUUAUCAGUUCCAUAUUUUUAUUUUGUUAAUUAACACUAUUACACAUGUGUAUCCCCCAUUUGACGAGUAAAAAUGAAAAUGGGGAGGGGGGGGGUCAAAGAAAAAUAUUCUAAUAUGCAGGGUGGUGGUCAAAAUUUCUGCUCUUUUAAGGGGAGGGGAGGCUUUCAAUUUUCAAAAUUUAGGAAAGAAAAAAUUCCCCUCCCCUCUUCCAUAAAUAAUGACCGGUCCCUUAGACAGGUUAGGGUGCAUUGCAGCUUAAUGAGUUAGAGCACCACUUUAAAUCCAAAAUAUGAUUUUUGGUAUGUGAUCGAAGGCAAAAGUGGCACAUAUUAAAUUUGUUGAAAUGGGAAGAAAUAUGCCGUUUUUAAAAUGUCUUGAAUAAUGUUUUCAAAUAUACAAAACAAUUCUUUUUGGUUUGAACAACUUAUGAACCACGAACCUAUGUUCAUGGGUGUAAAUAGGUAAUAGCCAAGGUUUUUUUUUAAGAUGGCGUACCAACCAAUAGUGAUGAAGCAUUAAAAAUGGUUGAAAAGAUAUCAUCGCUAACCAAUGCUGAAUUUGCCGGCAUCUACACCCAUUAUGGUGCUUCAUACCAUUGUCAUGGUCCUGAAAAAAUCAAGAAUUCAUCGUCUGUAGCCUGGGGGAAGCUUAUUGAUUGUGCUAGUAGGUAAGAAUGAUACAUGUUGAUCACACUGGAGACAGCACAGGUUUUCUCUUAGGCACUUUUCAAUGUAAGUUGGGCAAAAAAAUGAUAAUAGUCAAAAAGCAACAGAUAUGUGAUGUGGUGGAAAAAUUUUAAACCCCAUCGAAAAUGUUUGGAAAUUUGGCAUGGAGAAAUAUUUUGGAUAGGUGGGGCAAUAUGCAUGCACCCCCCCUAAUCCCCCCUGUGCACCUUAAUGCCUGAUAGAGUUAUGCAGUAUAAAUAAACUUAGUUUGAGAUCAACACAGUACAGUUACUAACAGCAAGGUAUUUCAUAGAAUCAGAGCCAAAGGAAUUGAGUGUAAGAAUGUUGGUGUGGGUUCCACGCCUUCAUGUUCUCAACCACCAGAUCCGAAGUUUGUUGAAGGCAUUACGGAGUUUCAUCCUGGGAAUUAUGUCUUUUAUGGUAGGUAGUACUGAACAAACCCUGCAUGGUUCAAGGUAAUUAUAAAACCAAUUAAAUUGGUUGAUUGCAAAAAUUUUGUAGAUGUGACUCAAGCAAACCUUGGAGCAUGUGCAGAAGAUGACAUCGCUGGCAAAGUGUUGACGAGAAUCAUCUCACAUUAUCCUGAUAGUGGUCACAUGUUAAUAGACUGUGGUUGGUUAGCGUUGACCUUGGAUAGUCUCGGUAAAUUGCCUACUGGAUUCUGUGUAUUUGAGGGCGAACCUAACCUUAAGUAAGUUCUGAAGCAACUUUAUAGCACUAAUACUUAUUCAUAGCCUGGGGCAAAUCCCCCCCCCUCUUCUUGGCAACCCUUUACAGAAGUGGAUACAUGGGAGAGAUAAUACGGUAAGUGAAAGCAUGAUGCAGAAGCUUACUUGUCCCCUUCAAGAUGGGGUCUCCAAAGGUCUACUUAAAAAGUGAUAGCUUUAGCCUACAUUAUUCACUCAAUCAGUUUAUAUCUCCAGGCUGGAAAAAAUGACACAAGAGCUUGGUACAGUUGUGGCCGUAGAUGGUAAACUUGAUUUUUCCAAAUAUCCAAUUGGUUCAACAUUGAAGAUCUUGCCUCACCAUGUAAGUUUUAGCAGUAUGGGUGUUGAUGGCAGAGUAGUAAGUGAGUGCCUCUCACUUCUGUGCCCGAGGUUUGAUUCUUACAACAUACGGUUGUCUGAUUAUAAUCUCACCUCAGUCACAUGUAAGAGUUAACUGAGACCUAACAAAAAAUAUCCUCCUGUGGUUCCAGAUGGUUUCAGAUGGUUUCAUAGCGUGAGAAAGUUACGAUAGGUAGGGGGGGGGAUUUUUUAAUUUGUUUUCGUAUUACAUGUUAACAUACAACUGCAACCACAUUGAAAAAACAUUAGGGUCACAGAGAGAACUACAGGAUAUUUUUUGUUAGACUUAAAUUAAAGAGUGUUUUCAGUUUGAUGAGCUACCAGGAAUCUAUGAAUUAACCUGUUGCGUGCCAGCACUCUCCCCUUGACGAGUAAAAUCGUCUGGCAUUAGGCAGAGUAAAAUAAUAAAAUACGGCACAAUGCAACUUAAUGGGUUAAAAAACACAGGUUUUCUCCAUGUUUGAUUGUCUAAAAGAAAAAUUACAUGGAUUUGACUUUUGUCAGUUUCUCCUUUCCAGGCAUGUGCAACUGCGGCGAUGCAUCCAGUGUAUUAUGUCCAUGAUGGAGACACAGUUCUAGAGGAAUGGAAACCAGUCAGAGGAUGGUAGUAAAGUGGCUUUCAUUCAGGAUGAUUUUCAGGCAUGUUUCACAUUAUAUAUGUUGAUCCUUAAUUAUUAAUUAGUACUUUUAUAAUAUUCCACAAUGGAAAAUUUAAGGGUAUAAAUAAUCAUGCACUCGUACAUGUCAAUCAAUGAAAGAUUUUCACAAUUUUAUAAUCUUUAAAGAUUUAAAAAAAUUAUAAAGUAUGCUUGCAGUACUGGGUCAAUGCUGGCACUGGCAUGUUAAAAUUAUACACAAAAUAAUGUUUGCAUAAAUUUAAUAAAAUUCUAAUUACAACUUAUUUCGAUUGAAAUAUUUUUCAUUUAGUUCCCCUGUAACUUUUACUAAAGUCCAACUUCCAUACAUUAAAGAUUUUUUGCACAGCCAGCAGAUAUCAUUAUUAAUUAAGUUAGAUAUUUGACAACCAAGAACAUAAUUAUACAAGUGACUAUAAUCCCACCAAAAACAAUCCAUUUGUCCUA